CGGGAGCUUGCUUUUAGAAGCAACACCACGGGUAGGUGGGCGGAACCCACUCUUGACAAUCCGAUUGCUGCGAUUCCACUACAGGGCAAAUCCCGGCCGGAGCCAAGCUAAACUUCAUUGUCUGCCUUCAGGUUCCUCGCUGUCGGUUGCGCCUGGACCGCUGCACCCCCAGCCCUUGGUCUCCUCAACCCCACCAAGGAACUAGAAGAGAUAUUCGAUUCCUCUCGUCCCCUCAUCACCGCCAUCUGUCGACUCGCUUCAUCCCCAGCCGCUCAAUUGUCAUUCCGACAUCCCUUGUACCGCAAAGUCGACGUGUCCAAAUUACAGCGCUCUUGUUUUCAAGGACUGACAUUCGACAAUCAGUCCAUUUCGUAGAAACCACCCAAUCCACCAAUCAUGGCUGAAUUCGUUCGCGCCCAGAUCUUUGGCACCACUUUCGAGAUCACCUCGAGGUACUCGGAUCUCCAGCCAGUUGGCAUGGGCGCAUUUGGUUUGGUUUGCUCCGCAAGGGACCAGCUCACCAACAACAAUGUCGCCAUCAAGAAAAUCAUGAAGCCAUUCAGCACUCCUGUCCUCGCUAAGAGAACCUACCGAGAGCUGAAGUUGCUGAAGCAUCUGAAGCACGAAAAUGUCAUCUCACUCAGCGACAUCUUCAUUUCUCCCCUUGAGGACAUUUACUUUGUCACCGAACUUCUCGGAACCGAUCUUCACAGACUUCUGACGUCGAGACCCCUCGAGAAACAAUUCAUUCAAUACUUCCUCUACCAGAUCAUGAGAGGCCUGAAAUACGUCCACUCUGCGGGCGUAGUCCACCGAGACUUGAAGCCGAGUAACAUUCUAGUAAACGAAAACUGCGAUUUGAAGAUCUGCGACUUCGGUCUGGCGCGCAUCCAAGACCCUCAAAUGACGGGAUAUGUCUCAACCCGCUACUACCGUGCUCCCGAGAUUAUGCUCACCUGGCAAAAGUACGAUGUGGAGGUCGACAUUUGGAGUGCAGGCUGCAUUUUCGCCGAGAUGCUCGAAGGCAAGCCCCUGUUCCCUGGAAAGGAUCACGUCAACCAGUUCUCCAUCAUCACAGAACUGUUGGGAACACCGCCGGACGAUGUGAUCAACACCAUCGCCAGUGAGAAUACGUUGAGAUUCGUCAAGUCGCUCCCUAAGCGUGAACGGCAACCCCUCAAGAACAAGUUCAAGAAUGCCGAUGAAUCGGCAAUCGAUCUUCUCGAACGCAUGCUUGUCUUCGAUCCUAAGAAGCGGAUAACGGCCACCGAAGCGCUAGCGCACGAGUACCUAGCGCCGUACCAUGAUCCCACCGACGAGCCAUCCGCAGAGGAGAAGUUUGACUGGAGUUUCAACGAUGCCGAUUUGCCAGUGGAUACGUGGAAGAUUAUGAUGUACUCGGAGAUCCUCGACUAUCACAAUCUCGACGCCCAAGUCUCGCAAAUGGAGGAGCAGUACAAUGGACAAUGAAAACCAGGGAGAGCAAGAUGACACCCCUCUCCUAUCACAAUAUCAGGGGAGGAGGUGUGUCUCAUGAUACCACGAAACCUUGCGGCAUGUUUCCAAUAUAUCUCGUCGU